AUGAAUACUGCUUUGUCUACGCCCGAACAGCGUCUAGAAUGGCGAAAUCGUCAUGUUCUCUCAAAUGACAAGUUUGUUCAGGGUCUUCCAAAGAUUGAGCUUCACGUCCAUAUUGAAGGAACCAUGACCCCAGAACUCCGAUGGUACCUAUCUCAACGGCAUGGCAUCCCUCUUAGAGCGGGCUCAGAUCAAAUUCCACUUUUUUCGGAAGAGGAAGUCAGACAAGCUUACAAGAACAUUCGGGGUCGUAUUGGAGCAGCUUCGGCAGAGGGACGAAAGUGCUUUACUUUCUUUGAGAUUUACUAUGGAGGAUUUGAUCUGUUGCAAUGCGAGGAAGAUUUCUUUCUUCUUGCCGUUUGCUAUUUCGAACGUGCUGCAGAUAUGAAUGUUAGGUACUGUGAGCCUUUUUUUGAUCCUCAAGGUCACACGAGACGAGGUAUCCCAUUUGAGGUCAUCAUGAAAGGGUUCAAAAGAGCUUCGGAGCUGGCCGAGAGGAAACUGAACGUCAAAUCCAAGUGGAUAAUGUGUAUCCUGCGAGAUUCCCCAGUGGAAGACGCAAUGCCAACUUAUGAAGCAAUGCUGCCAUAUCGGGACGUGAUUGUGGGAAUCGGACUCGAUUCAGACGAGCUUGACCGUCCACCUUCAUUAUUUCAUGAGGUUUUCAAGAGAGCUCGUGACGAUGGAUUCAAGAUAACCAGUCACUGCGAUUUUAAUCAGAAGAAUACCCAUGAGCACAUCCGUCAAGUCGUCGAGGAACUUAGCGGUAAUGGAGCAGACCGGAUUGAUCAUGGUAUGAACGCGGCAGACAGGCCCGAAUUGAUGGAGACCAUCAGAGAAAAAGACAUUGGUCUAACACUAUCGCCUUGCGGUUAUGUUCGGCACUCCUCUGAAGAGGAAGUAUUUUCUCGGAUACGCAAGCUGUUUGAUGCUGGUAUCAAAAUCACAAUUGCUAGUGAUGAUCCAGCAUAUAUGGAAGACAAUUGGGUUUUACACGCCCUUUAUCUGGUUAAGGAGAAGUGCAAUUUCUCAAAUUCGGAACUCGUACAGCUUCAGAAGAACGCGGUAUCGAUAUGUUGGGCUGAUGAAGAUUUCAAAGACUCGUUUUCCACCGAGCUUUCAAAAUUUGAGGCAUCCUUCUCAUGA